GGCAUUCGUAAAGCAAAAGCAUUUCCCAAGUGCAUUUGCACUUGAAUUACGGCUUCGAUUUUGUUCUGAGUGAACAGCAGCAAAAGAAGCUGAUCGGCUUUCACUUUAAUCUGCGGCGGCUGCGUUUAGUGCACUCGCGGCGACGUAAACACGAUAUCCAACAUCAAAGAUGCUGCUCCAAGUGGUGCCUCCGGUCGCGGGUCUCGUCCUCAUCUGGGCGGCAGUGCAACUGCAGGUGAGCGGCCUGGCCAUCACCACCGGACACUGCCAGAAGAAUAUCAGUGUGAAGUAUCAAGUGCCGGUGACGAGAGCUCCAGCUCCAUCUACUCCCGGAAACUCCAGCCAGGGGAACUACAUGGCCUUUGAGGAGCUCGUGCGCUGGGACAACAUACAGGUGUGCUGCCCCGGCUACCGCACCAUUCUCUUUGGCUUCUGUGAGCCCGUCUGCCAGGAGCCCUGUCCGGCGCACAGCUUUUGCGCGGAGCCGGACCGCUGCCACUGCCAACGCGGCUACGAGUCCUCGCACCUUCACAGCAGCCACCGACUCACCUGCCGCCCAGUUUGCCAGGGCGGCUGUCCAGAGCACAGCCUCUGCGUGGCCCACAACGAGUGCGAGUGCCGGCCGGGCUUCAAGGAUGCCAGCAGCUGGUUCAGCCUCGGACUGCGCUGCGAGCGGGUGCAGUGCGGCCACGAGCAGCGCUUCGAUCCCGCGCGGCGCGCCUGCGUCCAGAUCGAGAUGAGCAUGGAGGAGCUGAUGCAGCGCGUGGCCGAGCGUCUGGCCAAGGGCCUCAAGCCGGAAGCGGAAGCGAUCCCAGAGCCGGAAACCGAUAAGGCGACAGAUUAGGCAGCUGGGUAUGGGAAUCUUCCAAUCCAAUCUGAAUCAUCACCAUUGUAUUUGAACUCUUAAAUAAAGCGAGCAUAUUUUUUACACUAAUUAG